CCUCAGUUGUUAGCUUUUCGUUGUAGCUAACGCCUCGCAAAAAGUACCUGUCAUAUCUUCUUGACUACCCUAAUUACCUUUUGAUAUUAUAUAUUCUUGAUACUGAAGAAUUCGAGUAAAAAUUAUGGACCGAAAAGAGUUAUCGGAAAAACCAUCUAACACUCCACCAAAACCAGCCGGGUGGUUUGGUGUACGUCAUGAACAAUACAUUCUGCUUUUUGUGGCGACCGUUAUAGCUUACGGAAUUCGGACUACCUUCAACGUAGCUGUCAUGGCCAUGAUCAGCAAAGAACCGCCCACUGAUGAUAUACCAACAUAUCCGGAAUGGACGGACAAGAAGAACAUCAUGCUGUCCUCUUUCUUUUGGGGUUACGUCUGUUUCCAGAUCGGUGCCGGACAACUGGCAAAAAAUUACGGACCCAAGCUCUUCCUUGGCUCCGCCAUCUUCAUAUGCUCCUUGGCCACCAUCCUCUUGCCGAUAAUGGGGGAGAAGUUGGGGUACGGAGGGGUCAUAGCCUGCAGGGUUGUUCAAGGUAUGACCCAGGGGUUCCUCUUCCCUUCUGUGCACAAUUUGCUAAGCGCCUGGGUACCCAUUGUUGACAGAGCAGUCAUUGGGAGUUUCGUGUAUGCAGCUGGUCCUUUGGGUAAUGUAGUGGCUAUGCCCAUAACUGGAGCAAUAUCUGCCUCUACUGUCGGAUGGCCCAUAACGUUUUACUUAUAUGGUGGUCUUGGUAUGACCUGGAUCAUUUUCUGGAUAAUUUUUGGAUCAGAUGGCCCAUCAAAGCAUAAAAGAAUAUCCCGAGAAGAAAGGAGAUAUGUGGAAGAUGGAGCCAGUACUGAAGAAAAAGAGGUCGUACCAACACCUUGGUUGUCCAUUGCCACCUCUUUACCGUUCUUCGCUAUACUGAUAGCCCAUUGUGGACAAAACUGGGGCUUCUGGACUUUGCUCACGGAAAUACCAAGUUAUAUGGAGAACAUUCUGAAAUUCAAAAUAGCUUCGAAUAGUUACCUGUCUGCCCUUCCUUACUUUGUUCUCUGGCUGCUUAGUUUCGUCAUGAGUCCUAUAGCCGAUAGACUGAUAAUAAAGCAAGUGGUGAGCAGAGGUACCAGCAGGAAAAUUUUCAAUUCUAUAGGUUUGAUGGUGCCAGCGGUGGCUCUUUUCGCCCUCAAUUUUGUGGGUAGCUCCCAGAAGGAAGUCACGAUCGUUAUCCUGGUGAUUGCUGUUGGCUUCAACGCCGGUGUGUUUUCUGGUUUCAAUGUGAACCACAUAGACAUAUCCCCGAUCCAUUCCGGGACCCUCAUGGGGAUCACGAACAGUUUGUCCAACGUUUUCUCCAUCAUAGCCCCCUUGGCUGUGGACGCUGUUAAAUCCAUUACGGGCUAUGAAGAGACCGACAAAUCUAUGUGGAACAUAGUUUUCUCCAUAGCGGCCAUAAUCUACGUCCUUACCGGUACAUUCUACGCGUUCUUUGCGUCGGGUGAAGUACAGCCUUGGGACAACUUGGAACUUAGUAAAAAAAGCCCUGUUGGGCUCAGCAAAGAACAACUGGAGAAGAAAUAUGAUAGCGUCUAGAACAAACACAAAUACUGGAGACACUGAAGAAUGACUUAAUUAUUUAUAUUUUUAUUAUUAGACGUAUUUAAUGAUAACACUUUUAACACUGAACCUUCAAGUACAAAUUUGAAUGUAUGAAAACAAUUAUUUCUUGGAAUUGUAAUGUAAAUAUUUCUCACACAUUUUAAACUUUUAAUGAAAUUCGUAUACAUUUUCGAUCGAGAGAAGUCAGUUAUUGCCAAAUAUUUGAACAUAGCGAAAGGAGUGUUUCAAAACCACUGUUUUAAGUGGGGCACAAAUGAGAAAAUGAAGAAUAUAAUAUUUUUGUUUGUUUGUUUUCCCCAACUCAACAAUUUUGUGAUAUAUCUGAUAUUGUAUAAUUUUUUAUAAAUAAAUAAAAAAAUCUUGUAGUAAAAAU